GCGUGAAAACCGUGAGUAUGUUGAUUAAUGAUAAUUUUUAUAUGUACGUAAACAAAGUGUGAAAAAUUCUAGUCUUUUGUCUAUAUUGAAAACGUUUUAACGCAGUAUAAAUAUGUCCAGCGAUGCUAAGGAGUUGAAAGGUGGCCAUCCGCCUGCUGUUAAAGCGGGGGGCAUGAGAAUUGCUUCCAAGGCACAUCCACAUACGCAUCACAAUUUGACUCCCGAGCAAAAGCUCGAAGACAAGAAAUUCAUGGAAGAAGAACAUAUAUUGGAAAAUUGUGAAGAAAAACCACCAAGUAAAGUUCUUGUGUCAGGAGCCGAAGUGAAACUCACUGAUGCUUCAAAUCCUGGCUCGGUAAAGCAGUUCCAUGAUAAGCCACAACCAAAAGUUGAAAAGCCGGUCAAACACCACCAUCAACAUGCCAUACAACAACCUCGAAAACAGUGAAUUACAAUAUACUCAAAUACAUAAUAAUGAUAAAUGAUUGUGGACAUGAAUUGUGUGAAAUAUUUAAUGUAGAAUUUAAAUAUAUUCAACAUUAUAA